AUGGCACAGCAGGGGAAGAAGGCGACGGAGAUGCAGGACCCGGAGAUCAGGGCAGAGCAGGUGAAGAAGGCGCCGGAGCUGCAGGACUCGGAGACCCGGACACAGCAGGUGAAGAAGGCGCCGGAGCUGCAGGACCCGGAGAUCCGGGCAGAGCUGGACCGCCGCGCCCGCGAGGAGGGCGAGACCGUCAUCAAGAGCGGCGCCGGCGGCAAGACCCUCGAGGCGCAGGAGCGCCUGGCAGAAGGGCGUAAGAAGGGCGGGCUGAGCCGUGCGACUGGCUCCGGCAACGAGCGCGCCGAGGACGAGGGCGGGGUGGUGAUCGAGCCGGACGAGAAGAAGCUCGAGGAGGUCAAGAAGGAUCUCGGGCGCGAAUGA